GUGUGGAUUGCCAUACUGCCUCGAGAUGAAGCCAAACGCCGAAUAUGUGAACGUAUGAAUUUGGAGCCAAACGUGGCCGAGGACAGACUCGAACGGCAAGCGGCAGCGAUCGCCGAGGCCACCGGAGGAAUGGACUGGUGGUGUGCCGGCCAAAUAGAUCUGGGUGUGGGACCAGUAGGUCAUGCACACGUCGUUCUCAGUACAGAAUGGGAACCGGAAUGCUCACAAACACAGGUCGAACGUGCCUUUCGUGCUCUGCGCGAACGUAUUCCCUCGUGA